AUGGAUGUAGUUGACGUCCACUUUGUCAGGGAGCGCAUUAGGACAAUAUACCCGUUAAAGCGAGGUGGCCGCUCUCAGGUUUCUCUCUGUCUAUAUACUCUGUGCGAUGUUUUUAUCUCACGAGGUUAUGAUUGAAUAUUUACAUGGGUUUUCUUUUUGAACAGAAUACAUAAAAAUAUAUUAAAUAGCAUACAUCAAGAUGAAUCCCACAUUGCGUACGAUUCGAGCCAUUUAUUCCGUGAGACAUGUCAAGUACAGUACUUUACCUUCGGAAGCAGUAAUCUUUACAGAAGAUGAUUGCAUGGUUGUGUGUUGGCAUCCAGAGAAACAGUUUCCAUAUGAAUAUUCCUUACCAUUGCCUGAAGAGAAUCUGCCUACUUCUGUACUGUGUAUUGGAAACAAAGAUGUCACAGAUGUUUUUAAGAAAAAGAAGCCUUAUCAGGUUGUAGAGGAAUUGUCAAAGAUUACAUAUACUACCAAGCACAGAUGGUAUCCUAGAUCUAGAGACAAAAAAGCUAAGCAAACAGAACCUGACAGACCAUACUUGUAAUCUUUAAAAGGGAUUUGAAAUAUCUCUUGAUUAGAAGAAAAGUAUCUUUUUUUAAUUUGCCUUACAUAUGUAGUUAUUUUUUAGGAAAUAUAUGUAUUAUUAUAAUAAAUGCUAUACAAAGAUAAUUUUUA